UGAUGGGAUGCAUCUGACAAACUGACCAUUUGGGUGCUUUCCUCCAGUUCCUAGUCACCUAGUGGUCCCCUCGCAACUCUCUUCGCCCCCCUGUCUGCUGCGCAACAGCUUUGCAUCAUGCUGCCGGUGCCCCAAAUAGAAGCAUGCGCAUUUUGAAAGGACAAUUCACAUGAGCAGCAGAACGCGCAGGCUGUGGCAGCCCUAGCUACCCAGGCAACAUGCACAUCCUAUCUCAUAGCAUCCACUCGACCAUGUCCUUCCCGUCUCCAACUUCUAAUCGUUACAGCUAGUACGCAGUAGCUGACCUGCGAUGUACAGGUCCAACGUUGCUUAGACCCUCUUAUCCCACUCUCAAGAACAAUGGGAAACAUCAGCCCCGGCUCCAAGUCUUUUUGUCACAGGCAACUGAUUUCGAUCAACCGACUCCACCAUUGUCGAUAUCAAUCUAUUGAUGUAAGCGAAAUCCUGCGGCUCCCAGCGAGCCUAGUCUUGGUCGGCAACAUGACCAUAUACAGUCCUGCGCAAGGGGCUCAUCCUCCCUCGUCCACCUUCCUCUACUUAGGGGCUCGGUCAAUUCAUAGUGGCAGCCCCCAGCAGCCUGGCGAGCCGAGAAAGAGGUUCGCUUACGGGUUUAACUAUGCGGAGAACAAGUCCCCCAAAGCCCUCGGUGGGGCCCGGGAUGCUGUGUCAAACCGAGUUUGAUGCUCAGACGGGUGUGGUGCGCUACCAUAGUGGACAGGGCGAGGGGAAUUUGCAGCGGAAAAAAAAAACGGCCUGCCCUGUUGCUGAUUCCCUUGUUGUCGUCAUAC